AUGAAGUUUCAAGGUCUACUCUCAGGCUUCGGCCUCCUCACUUCCGUGUUGGCAGUCCCCGCUCCGUUUCCUGCUCCGGACGCGAUAGCUGUUCCGGAGCCUGUCUCGCCCGCUUCACCUGUCAUUGAGGAGCGGGCAGCCAAGGUGACCGUCGCCGUCCCUUCUGGCACAGUCAUCGGAUCCAGCUCUGGCAAAGUUGAUUCAUUCAGAGCUAUCCCCUUCGCAGAUCCACCAAUAGGUUCCCUGCGUCUCAAACCCCCAAGAAAGUUAUCCAAGCCUUUGGGUAACUUUGACGCAUCUGGACUUACUGGCCCAUCUUGCCCUCAGAUGUUCAUCUCCACUGGAGGCCAGGAUGUCAUCUCCGAGUUUCUCUCGGACUUCCUGGCUAUUCCCUUCCUUACACCUAUCACUGGUCAGGAGGAUUGUCUCACCAUGACCGUCCAGCGACCUGCAGGUACCAAGGCUGGUGACAAGCUUCCAGUUCUUUUCUGGAUCUUUGGUGGUGGCUUUGAACUAGGCUCGAGCGCUAUGUACGACGGCACUAGUCUCCUUGGCACUGCCAUUGAUCAGAGCCAGCCCUUUAUCUACGUGGCUGUCAACUACCGAGUUGCUGGCUUCGGCUUCAUGCCCGGUGCUGAGAUCAAGAAGGAUGGAAGUUCCAACUUGGGUCUGCUCGACCAGCGUCUAGGUCUAGAAUGGGUUGCCGACAACAUCGCAUCCUUCGGAGGUGAUCCUGAAAAGGUCACUAUCUGGGGAGAAUCUGCUGGCGCCAUCUCUGUGCUUGAUCAGAUGGUUCUGUAUGGUGGCGAUGCUGAUUACAAGGGCAAGCCACUUUUCAGAGGCGCCAUCAUGAACUCGGGCAGUAUCGUUCCGGCUGAGCCUGUGGACGGUGCCAAGGGCCAGGCUAUCUACGAUGCUGUCGUGAAGGAAGGCGGCUGUUCUGGGGCUUCUGACACACUUGCUUGUCUACGUGGUCUAAGCUACGACAAGUUCCUGAACGCUGCCAACUCUGUCCCAGGACUGCUGUCUUACAACUCACUGGCUCUCUCUUACCUCCCACGACCAGAUGGCAAGGUUCUUCCCGCUAGCCCUGAAGAACUCAUCGCGGCAGGACGCUACCAUGCUGUUCCUAUGAUCAACGGAAACCAAGAGGACGAGGGAACUUUAUUUGCACUGUUCCAGCCGAACUUGACCACAACAGCCAAGUUUGUCGACUACUUGCAGAAGCUAUACUUCUCCAAAGCCACCAAGGCUCAGUUGACUACUUUGGUGAACACAUAUCCCAUAACUCUCAGCACAGGCAGUCCCUACCGCACCUCCCUUCUCAACGAAGUCUUCCCGGGCUUCAAGCGCCGCGCCGCCAUCUUUGGCGAUCUCGUCUUUUCCCUCACGCGCCGCAUCUUCCUCCAGGCGGCAACAAACGUUAACCCGGACGUUCCAACGUGGUCGUAUCUCGCGAGUUACAACUACGGCACGCCGAUCCUCGGAACGAUGCACGGCUCAGAUCUCCUGCAGGUAUUCUACGGUCUGUGGCCCAACAAUGCCAUGCGGAGCAUUCGAACGUACUAUUUCAACUUUCUGUAUAAUCUUGAUCCUAAUGAGGGUGUUACGAAGUAUGCUACGUGGCCUGAGUGGAAGGAGAGCAAGAAGCUCAUGUGGUUCAAGUCAGCGAACCAGAACGAUAUCCUGAACGAUGACUUCAGGACGGACUCGUAUGAGUGGAUUACAAGUAAUGUGGAUGUUCUACGGAUAUAA